AUGGCGUCCAUCGUUGACUACGUCAAAGAGCACCCUGUGUUCUGUGGUGUCACUACCGUUGGCACCCUAUGGGCUCUGAAACUUGCAUUCUCGAAGAGCGGGCCCAAGGGCUUCUACAAGGGCGGCUUCGAGUCAAAGAUGACCAAGAAGGAGGCGCUGCAAAUCCUGAACCUGCGGGAGUCUACUCUGUCACAAAACCGCCUGAAGGAAAGCCACCGUAAAAUCAUGAUCCUGAACCACCCGGACCGCGGCGGGUCUGCCUACCUUGCUACCAAGGUCAACGAGGCCAAGGCUCUGUUGGAGAAGAGCGGCAUCAGACGUUGA